GUAUUGUUGGCUGGGUUGGUAGUUGAGAGCUGGACUACCAGAUUGCAUUGCUCACAUUUCAGUCGGGAACAGAAGGCUUAGUUCUCGGCAUUAGUAGCGGUGUGCAGAGUAUCUCAGUGAUUACUGUCCUCUGUCACUCCCAAGCCAGCUGUUUUAUUAUAUAUACCUCCAUAGCUUUCACCCCAAGAGCUCUCAAGAAGGCCGCUUAACACGCAGUCGUCGUCGGCCAACAUGCCGGGCCCUUCUUUUGGUUCCGGGGCAGAUGGCCAAGCAGCAGACAGCUAUCUUUUCAAGCUGGUCCUGAUCGGUGACUCUGGUGUAGGCAAAACAAACCUUGCAUCCCGGUUUGCCCACAACGAGUUUCAUGGAGAUUCCAAGGCCACUAUUGGCGUAGAGUUCCGGUCUAAGACGAUGGAAAUCGACAACAAGGAGAUUAAAGCCCAGAUUUGGGAUACGUCAGGGCAGGAGCGGUACCGAGCGGUGACCAGCGUGUAUUACCGGGGAGCCCUUGGAGCGCUGCUGGUGUACGACAUCAGCCGGCGUAGCAGCUUCGACAAUAUCUCUCAAUGGCUCCGAGAAGUUCGGAGUCAAGGGGACAACAACCUCGUGGUCAUGCUGGUUGGCAACAAGACGGAUCUCGCCCAUUUGCGUGCUGUGCCUACUGAGAAGGGCUUAGAGCUGGCUGAGCGUGAGGGCAUGUUCUUCAUGGAGACCUCCGCCCUUGACGCCACUAAUGUGGACGAGGCGUUUGAGACAGUCAUUGCUGAAAUCUACAACCACGUCAGCAAACGGCUUCCGUCUCAUGACGAGGAGAAUGGGAAGCUGAACCUCUCUGCUGGUCAGAAGCUGAACCUUCCGGAUGAUGGGAGUGGUAGGGGGGGCAUGUGCUGCGGGAACUGGGGUUGAGUGUGGUGGUGAAGCAAAUGACCUUACGAAUCUGGAGUAGGGUGAUUAGGUAUACAUGACACUGAUGCCACUGAUUUUUGUAGUGUUCUGUUAUCAUUUCAGUGGAGGGUGUUGGAUAUGAUAGAAGGACUGGUAAGACAGUACCGGAGUCUUGCGUGAAUGUACAAAUACGUGAAGACUACAACGAGGAUUCCUGAGU